AUGGCACGGGAAGCACUCGUCCUUGAUGGCAGGUUCAUGGCAUUCGCGAGAUCGAAAGCCGGAGAACGACUAUGGCUCACCUACUAUCAGCGCAACUACGGCAAUCGCGUAGACCCAAGCCUAGCACUAGUAUACCAAAAUCAACUUGGUCAUGUGAGCUCUAUGGGCCACAUCGACUUUGAUACGAUCAGCGAAGAGGUCGUGGCCAAGAGGGGUCGCCUCGGCCUCACAGCAAUCACCCUCACGCAGACCAUGUCCCCUAUCUGGCUAUCCAAAGGCUUCAAAUUGCUCUCAAAAGACGAAGUACAAGCACUGACCCCCGGAAACAAGCGCAAGGGUAGCCUUACUCCCAAGAAAGAGCGCAAAGCCAGCAGGGCCAAGGAAGACCCCGACCUCAAGCGGCGCCGCAACAUCAAUAAGACCCCCGACCUCCAGGCCAACAGCAAGAGAUCGCGCAGAAAUACGAUUUCCACCCCGAUCACCCCCGAAGUUAAGGCCGCGGCCAAGCGCGCCUUCCAGGACACAACGAAGCCCAUGGACGAACAGUCGAACCACAACUUCCAAGUCACGGAGGCAGAGGCUCACGAGUCUGGACAGAUGCCAACGUUUGCGAGGAUGCCUCGACAGUGGGCACUUGACACAAACACCGUACAUCCAGUCCACGAAGAUAUCGAAGACUUCGUUCGGGCUCUAUCUUUUCGAGAAAUAUUAGAGUAUCGCGCGUUAGGCGAAGCUUGA